AUGGCGGCCCAUUUCGGUGUUCCCAAUAACCCGACGCCGCAUACGGUCAUCCAGCUCGUUCAGAAGCUGAGCGAUGCCGACCCGGACUACCGGUUCAUGUCCCUCAACGACAUGCUCCAGGUCCUCGCAAACGGAAAGCCCGACUUCCUGCACCACGACUACAACGUUGCCGCGCGCACUGUUGAUAGCAUCAUCAAGACGCUCGACGAUCAGAAUGGAGAGGUGCAGAACCUGGCGAUCAAGUGCCUCGGCCCCCUCGUCAAGAAAGUACCGACGCCCAUCAUUGCCCCGAUGAUCGAGAAGCUCUCGGCGAUCAAGCUUAAGAACUCGGUCGACAAUGCCGUCCCGUCCCUCGCCCUGCGCGCCGUCAUCAUGGCCCUCCCGAAACCCACGCCCGGUCUUCCACCUAGCAAAGACGUCCAGGAGUCGUACAAUGCGGUCAGCCGGGUUUUGAUUCCAAGGCUGCUCGGCCCCGGCGGCAAGGUCCAGCCGCAACAGACGGCGAACAAUAUCCAGCUGCCCCCGGUCCCGCAAGGCCUUCUCAAGGUCGACAAGGACCUCAGCGCAGAGUCGGUCGAUAUCCUUAUUGAGGUUGUGCGGUGCUAUGGAUUGAUGCUCUCGCCGCUGGAGGUCGAGGCGAUGCAGGAUGCUGUCAUCAGCUUGUUGGAGAACGACAAGACGUCUUCGGUUGUCAAGAAGAGGGCCGUCGUCGCGAUCUCCAUCCUCGCCGUUCACCUGUCCGACGACCUGCUGAACCAGAUGGUCCAGCGCAUGGCCAGCGACCUGGGCAAGCCCGGAAUCUCCGCGGUCACUCGCCGUCUGUACAUUUCCAUCACGGGCUCAUUGGCGAGGUCGAUUCCUGCGCGCUUCGGUGCGUACCUGGAGACCCUGGCGCCUUUCAUCAUGCAGGCCCUGGGUGAGAGUGAGCUGGAGAAGCACAUCGACGAGAUCAGCGACGGAGACGACGUUGGUCAGGAUUUCAACGAGGUGCGCGAGUCUGCUCUCGUGGCGCUCGAGGCAUUCUUGGCGGCUUGCCCCACGCAGAUGCGCCCCUUUACCGACGACACUAUCAAGGCAUGUCUCAGAUACCUCAAAUACGACCCCAACAACGCCAUGGACGAUGACGAUGAGGAUAUGGAGGUCGACGAGGAUGACGACGAAAUGGACGCUGAUGACGAAUUCGACGACGAUGCUGGCUUUGAUGAUGAUGACGACGCGAGCUGGAAGGUUCGCCGUUGCGCCGCGAAGGCUCUUUACACUCUCAUUUCGACGCGCGGAAGUGGUGACUUGCUUGAGAACGGUGUUCUGUACAGCCAGGCCGCCCCGACUCUUGUCAAGAGAUUCGACGAGAGAGAGGAGAACGUCCGCCUGGAGGUCAUUUCAUGCUUAUCUCUCCUCGUUCGCAAGACAGGCGAGGGCAUCUACCCUGCCGAUCUAUCCCUCAACGACCAAGAGCCCGAGGUUCCUAGCGUGAUCCCCGUCAGCCGGAAGCGUAGGCGUCAGAGCAGCGGCGGUGGUUCAAUGGCAGCUCAUUUCGCGACCGGUCUCACCUCUCCCACUCUGGAGAGAAUUCCCUCCACCGGCCCUCGCGCCGACCUGGCCCGUUUCACACCUACCAUCGUCAAGGCGUCUACUAAACUCCUGAAGGGUAAAGUGAUUCCUACAAAGCAGGCCAUUAUCAACCUCCUCGACGACAUCAUCACGGUACAGCGAGGUGGUUUGUCCGACUACUUCAAUGACGCCAUAGGCCCCAUCAUCGAGUCCAUUAAGCCUACCGGAGCCUCUGCGCUUGCCUCUUCUCUAGCUGCCUCUGGUGGCAAUGCGUCUGCCACGCCGAGCACCCUGCGUGUUGCGGCCCUGAAGCUUACCAGUGACAUCGCCAAGACUCACUCAUCAAGUCUCCUGCAACCUUAUCUGACCAAAAUCGUGGCUGGCGUGGUUGCUGCAGCCAACGACCGCUUUUACAAGAUUUCCAGCGAGGCUAUUGGAACGAUCGAGGAAUUGGUAAAGGCCAUCACUCCACCCCGGUCCAAGAUGACGGCGCAGAAGUUCAAGGGCGAGCUGCAGAAGCUUUUCGACACGAUGAUGGAUCGUAUCACGGCGACCGACGCGGACGCCGAGGUCAAGCAACGGGCCAUCCACGCCCUCGGCGUUCUCUUGUCCAGGACAUCUGGCGCGGAUGGCGCUGGCCUGAUUGCUGCUGACAAGCGCCAAGCUGCGCUCGCUGCUCUCCUCGACCGUCUCAAGAACGAGACUACCCGACUUGCCGCCGUUAGAGCUGUCGACAAUGUCGCUGCCUUCAGCACCAGCAGCGGUCAACUCGAGACGGCCUGGAUCCGUGAGGUUGCUCUGGAACUGGCAGGUCAACUUCGCAAGGCCAACCGCUCUCUUCGCGGUUCUAGCAUCCAAGCUCUGAAGCACCUGGUUGUUUCGCCCACUUCCAAGGGCCAGCUUGAUGCGGACACCAUCCAGGGCCUGGUUUCUGCGCUGGUGCCUGUGGUUAGCAAUCACGACACCCAUCUCCUGGCCCCGGCACUGCUCAUCUUGGCGACUCUCGUCGAAGAUAGUGCGGACCUGGUUGUCAACCAGUCUAUGGUCGCCACCAUCUGCGGCCUUCUCAAGUCUAGCUACGCCAACAUUGUCCUGGAUCAGAUUCUCAUCCUUGUUACCAAGGUUGGUGAGAGCGGUUCUGGCCAGUCUCUCAUGCAAGGAAUCCUCAAGGAGGUCAGCAUUGAAGGUGAUCCCGUCGUUGUGGGUAAGGUCAUCGGCGCUCUUCUGGUGGCAAGUGGAAGCUCGGCCGGCGUCACGAUCGAGAGUUUCAUUUCCGAGCUCCAGAGCAGCACACAAAAGAGAGAUGACGCCAGGAUUAGCUUGGCCUUGGCGGUGCUCGGUGAGGCCGGUCUGCGGCUUGGACCCAACUCCCCCCUCAAGCCGGAUCUGUUCCUGAAGCAGUUCCACGAUGAGCCCGAUAAGGUCUCGAUCUCUGCGGCCGUAGCUCUGGGUCGCGCUGGCUCGGGCAAUGUGUCCCAAUAUCUUCCAGUCAUUCUGGACACUAUGCAGAACGGUGGCAACACGCAGUACUUGCUGAUUCAGUCGAUCAAGGAGAUCUUGCAGCAAGUCACUGUUCUGUCCGCUGAGGUCGCCCAGUUUGCCGCGCCCAUCUGGCAACAUCUCCUCUCGGCCUCCACCAUCCCCGACAACCGUGUAGUCUGCGCAGAGUGCGUUGGACGACUCGUCAUUAUCGAUACCCAGACCUUCAUGCCGCAGUUGCAGUCCCUUCUGAGAGAUCAGAACCCCGACAUCCGUGGCAUGGCUGUGCAGGCCGUGCGGUACACCCUGCCUGACAGCGACGAGGCUUUCGAUGCUAUGCUCAAGAACGUCCUCGUUGACAUGCUCCUCGUCAUGCUCCAGGAUACGGAGAUGGAUAACCGUCGUUUGGCCAUGUCGACAUUGAACUCCGCCGCUCACAACAAGCCUGACCUCAUCCUGCCCCACUUGGGUGAGCUGAUGCCGUUUGUUUUGACGGAGUCGGUCCUCAAGCCUCACUUGAUCCGUGAAGUUAUGAUGGGUCCCUUCAAACACAUGGUGGACGAUGGCCUUGAAGUCCGCAAGAGCGCAUACGAGACUUUGUACGCUCUCAUGGAGACGGCUUUCUCGCGAAUCAACAACAUCGACUUCUACGACCGCGUCGUCGCUGGUCUUAAGGACGACAACGACAUCCGCAGUCUCUGCAACCUUAUGGUGUCCAAGCUCAUCGUGCUUGACCCCGAUGAGACGGCUCGCCGCUUGGACACCAUCGCGGAAGCCUACCGCGCGAUCCUCUCGACCAAGCUCAAGGACGGUGCCGUCAAGCAAGAUGUGGAGAAGCAGGAGGAGGCCAACAAGAGCGUCCUGCGUGUGACGCUCCUUCUCGGAGACAGGCUGAAGAACAAGGCGGGAUCCGGUGGUCCGGUGGCGAAUGCCAAUGCCGGAGGCGGAAGUCAGGUCUGGAACGCUUACUGGGAGUGGGUCAACAAGGAGUUCGCCUCAUCGCUGAGGAGCCUUCGUGAGGAGAGCAAGGAAUCCCGCGCAUAG